AUGCGGCAGACCGGCUCCGUGCUACCUACCGCCAUCGCCAGCAGCUCCCAACUCCCGAACAGCACCGCGCAUAAGGAAGCAGACCGAGACCCGCAUGUACCCUCGCCAAUACCACCGUGGGUACAUCCGAACGAUGGCACGAUCCUACCGGAUAAUGCGCGCCUACUAUCACAACCACCCGAGCCAGCGCGACCAAAUACCAGACACCACAAGCCGGCUCACAACUACAAAGCCGGUCGGAAAUGGGAUCAUCUUCGGAGCGCCGAGCCAGCGCUCCUCAGCAUGCCCAUCGCCGACCAUCAGGCGCGAUGGCGAGACUUCAUGGUGUCUGGACCGAACCCGCAGGACCGGUCAGCGCAAGCGCGGGUCGUGGAUCAAGCAUGGCUGGACGAGCAUAUGCCAUACCUCAACCGCCCGUGGCAACCCGAGGACGAGCUGGAGGCUGGCGCUAAAGGAGCGGAGCCGAAGGGCUUCUCGGGACUCAUGUACCGUGGCAAAUGGCUGAUCAGUCCGGAGAGGCAGGAGAGAACGGUGCGGGUGUUUUGGCGACUACUCCUCAAGAACCCUUUCGUCCCGCUCGUGUUCCGUCUCAUCGUCCUCGCCUUCUCCGCCGCAGGCCUCGGCAUCGCAGGCACCAUCCUUACCCGCGUCCGUCUCGUCAAUCACGACCCCAACCCAGCCAAUCAAUGCGCCACUCGCGCCUCGACCUACAUGGCCAUCUGCAUCGGCAGCGUAGCAAUCCCGUACCUUGGCUACGUCACCUGGGACGAGUACAUGAGCAAACCUCUCGGCCUCCGCUCCGUCCCCACCAAAGUUCUGCUAUUACUUUGCGACCUCUACUUCGUCGUCUUCGCCGCCUCUAACCUUUCCCUCGCCUUCGACGCCCUUUUCGACCAUCGCUGGGCCUGUUACGAUGAGCAAUUCGCCAUCAUAGGCACUAAUGGCCCGUCGUAUAACGUGCCUGCCACGUGCCCCAACAAUUCAAACAUUUGCUAUAAGCAGAAAACGCUAUCUUCGGUUCUUUUCAUUGGUCUGUUGGCGUGGUUGAUAACCUUUAGCAUCAGUGUUCUGCGCGUCGUGGAAAAGUUGAGGCCGGAUUAG